CUUGUCCGGUUGAGCCUAGCGAAGCUGUGGGAGGGGAGAGUGCUGCUGUUGCUCCUGCCGAGAGGGGAGACAUGGGAAAUGCUCAGAAGAAGCCCCACGGCAGAGGAGGGGAAGGGGGCCCCGGCCCGCAUACGGACCACAAUUCACACGGAGGCCACUGGAAAAACCGCGGAGGGAUUGCGGAGAAGUACAAGGUGAACCAACAGGAUCCGACGUCGGACAAAGGUCUGCGGAACGGAGCUCGGGGCUCUGUCAGGAGGGACUCUAAAGGAUCCAGUCCGGCUGGGGGAGACGGAAGCAACCUUGACGCCCCUUGUGGGGCCCUACCCCCACCGCUGGCGCGGCUCAAGAACGAAGGAAACCUGUUCUUUAAGAAUGGACAGUUUGCAGAUGCGCUGGACAAAUACUCCCAGGCCAUCACGGGUUUCACAGACUCAGGAAUGGACAGUCCUGAGGACCUGGGUGUGCUCUACUCUAACAGAGCGGCCUGCUACCUGAAAGAUGGAAACAGCUCUGAGUGUAUACAGGACUGCACCAGGUCCUUGGAGCUGCAGCCCUUCUCCCUGAAGCCCCUCCUACGCAGAGCCAUGGCUUAUGAGACUAUGGAGCGGUACCGACAGGCCUACGUGGAUUACAAGACCGUGCUACAGAUAGAUAUCAGUGUGCAGGCUGCACACGACAGUGUUAACAGGAUCACGAGGUUACUGAUAGAGCAGGAUGGAGAGCAGUGGAGAGAGAAACUCCCUGAGAUCCCUCUGGUCCCGCUGUCAGCUCAGCAGCACCGCAGGGAGGAACCGCCCAGCGCUGAGGUCCUACAGGCCAGAGCAGAGAAGGCCAAGCACCACGCAGCUCAAAAAGCAGAAGUCUGUUUCAAUUCACUGAAACAAGAAGGGAAUGAGUUUGUGAAGAAAGGCCAGUUCCAGGAGGCUGUGAGGACGUACAGUGAAUGCCUUAAGCUGAAACCAGAGGAAUGUCCCAUCUACACCAACAGAGCGCUGUGCUUCCUGAAGCUAGAUAUGUUUGCUGAAGCCAAGCAGGACUGUGACUCAGCCCUGAGGCUGGAGCCAGCCAAUAAGAAGGCCUUCUACAGACGGGCCGUGGCCAAUAAAGGCCUGAAGGACUACCUGUCCUCCAGCUCUGACCUGCAGGAGGUGUUACACCAGGAUCCCAACGUAACGGAAGCUGAGAAGGAGCUGGAGGAGGUCACUCUGCUGCUCAGACAGAGUCUGGCUCGGGGAUCACCUAGCAACCCCAGGAGGCCUGUCCCCAUCACUGAGGCUCGGGGAUCACCUAGCAACCCCAGGAGGCCUGUCCCCAUCACUGAGGCUCGGGGAUCACCUAGCAACCCCAGGAGGCCUGUCCCCAUCACUGAGGUUGAGGGGACUGAGGACGAAGCCCGGCAGGCCGCAGCGCCAGACAGGACCAAAGCAGCAGAAUCCGAGACAGGAGAAACAUCAACCCCAGCCCCACCAGAUACCCACUGUGGAGGAAGAGGAGGAGGAGGAAGAGGAGAGGAGGCAGUAACCAUCAACCUCCAGCCCUCGAACGCCUACGAGUUCAACCAGUCCCUGAACGCAGCGCGGACCCAGUCCGACCUCCCAGCCUGCGCUGAGCUGCUGAGCUGUGUUCCCCCUGAGACUCUGCCCGUCUACCUCAGUAAUCAGCUGGAUGGACACACGGUCAGCUUUGUUAUGCAGGCCCUGGAAACACAGCUCUUACGGAAGGAGCCUAACUUAGUCUACCAGCACCUCAACCACCUACAUACUGCUGACAGGUUCUCGGUCGUCGUGAUGCUCCUGGAGAAGAGUGAACGUGAUCAGAUGACUCGACUGUUUGACCGUCUGUCCGCCGUGGACAGUGAUGCCUUCAGUAAGAACGACGUGCAGAACCUGGCCAACAAGUACAUCUGACCUCGUCUGGCCCUGCUGGAGCACGUCCCAAAUAGGCCCCUAUUUACCUAGUGCACUAUGGAGGGAAUAAGGCGCCGUAAUGGGACGGUCGUAAGACGCCUAUCAACAUCGCAAGCCGACUUUAAAAACGAAUCCAGACUGGAAAAAUCACCUUUCCGUCAUAAAUAAAGACUAAAUAUUAUUUUGGUAGGUCAAGUCUUAAUUUACCCAUGAUUACAUCGCGUUGUUUUGAUGAUGUUCUCGAACUCGACCCCUUCGUUCUGGCGUGCACCUUC